UCCAGAGUGACAGAGAGAGAAAGCUCGGACAUCAUGGACUCGUGGAUCUUUCCGUCGUCCCCUCCGAACAUGUCGGAUCACCUGAUGUACGACAGCUUCCUGCCGGCCAACGAGUCAGACCCGCAGAGGAACGACACGGACCAGAGCUUCAACCGGACCAGCACGGUGGUAAUCACCUGCAUGUACUUCCUGGUGUGCGCCAUGGGCCUGUGCGGCAACGCGCUGGUCAUCUACGUCAUCCUGCGCUACGCCAAGAUGAAGACGGUGACCAACAUCUACAUCCUCAACUUGGCGGUGGCCGACGUGCUCUUCAUGCUGGGCCUGCCCUUCAUCGCCAUCCAGUUGGCCCUGGUCCACUGGCCGUUCGGCCCGGUGCUGUGCAGGGUGGUGAUGACCGUCGACUCGCUCAACCAGUUCACCUCCAUUUUCUGCCUGAUGGUGAUGAGCAUCGACCGCUACCUGGCCGUGGUGCAUCCCAUCAAGUCCACCAAGUGGCGCAAGCCCCGCAUGGCGAAGACCAUCAACCUGACGGUGUGGGGAGUGUCUCUGCUGGUGAACCUGCCCAUUGUCAUUUACAGCGGUGUCAUCACCAAACACGACGGCUGCUUCUGCACCAUCGUCUGGCCCGAGCCCCAGGAAGCCUACUACACCGCCUUCAUGUUCUACACCUUCAUCCUGGGCUUCUUCCUGCCCCUCCUGGUCAUCUGCCUCUGCUACCUCUUCAUCAUCAUCAAGGUGAAGUCGUCAGGAAUCCGGGUCAGCUCCUCCUCCAAAAGACGGCGCUCGGAGAGGAAAGUCACCCGCAUGGUGUCCAUCGUGGUGGCCGUUUUCGUCUUCUGCUGGCUGCCGUUCUACGUCUUCAACGUGACUUCGGUGACAGGCACCAUCAGCACCACCCCUGUGCUGCGUAGCACCUUCGCCUUCGUGGUGGUCCUGGGCUACGCCAACAGCUGCGCCAACCCCAUCCUGUACGCCUUCCUGUCGGAGAACUUCAAGAAGAGCUUCCAGAACGUCCUGUGCCUCAAGAAGGUGGGGGGUCUGGAUGAGGCGGAACGCAGCGACAGUCGACAGGACAAGUCCCGCAUGAUGGCCGACCCCACGGAAACACAAAGUACUCUUCUGAACGGGGACUUGCAGACCAGCAUCUGACUAAGCCCUUGACUGCAGACCAGCAUUUUCGAUGGGAGACAGGUCUGUACUCCUCUGAACGGGGACCUGCAGACCAGCAUCUGACUAAGCCCUUGACUGCAGACCUGCAUUUUCGAUGGGAGACAGGUCUGUACUCCUCUGAACGGGGACCUGCAGACCAGCAUCUGACUAAGCCCUUGACUGCAGACCAGCAUUUUCGAUGGGAGACAGGUCUGUACUCUUAUGAACGGGGACCUGCAGACCAGCAUCUGACUAAGCCCUUGAUUGACUGGGCAGAUCUCUUCUUGUGCGCCUGUCAAUCUAACUUUUGAGGAUGCACAGCUGGAAAUGACAAAAAGUAAACACAGAUGCUAAAGUACUGCACUCCACAGUCUUCUCUCGGAACUCCUUCCAUUGUUCCCAUGUCUCCUUACGACCGACUUCCAUUUUCCCAAGGUACUUUUGAAAGUAGAGUGGAACGGUGGAAAGGGAGUCAUACUUGCCAGCCCUCCUGAUUUGCCCGGGAGACUCCCGAAUUUUAGUGCACCUCCCGAAAAUCUCCCGGGGCAACUAUUCUUCCGAUUUCCACCCGGACAACAAUAUUGGGGGCGUGCCUUAAAGGCACUGCCUUUAGUGUCCUCUACAACCUGGGGUCUCGUCCGAUUUUCCUCCAUUCAAACAGUUUUCCGGCCCAGUAACAUAAUAUUUGCAGCUUUUACAAACACACAAGUGAAUGCAACGCAUACUUGGUCAACAGCCAUACAGGUCACACUGUGGGUGGCCGUGUAAACAACUUUAACACUGUUACAAAUAUGCGCCACACUAUGAAACCAAACCAAACAAGAAUGACAAACACAUUCCGGCACCGUAAUACAACAUAAACACAACAGAACAAAUACCCAGAACCCCUUGCAGCACUAACUCUUCCGGGACGCUACAAUAUACACCGCCCGCUACCAUCCAAACCCUUCUCCCCAACCCCCACAUCUUCCAAAUUCAGAGGUCUCAAGGUUGGCAAGUAUGAAGUGUGUAACCGAAAGAGAUGCGUUGUUUUUCCUAUUUGGCAGAUGCAAACCGACUCCGUGGCAAUGUUUGCUCAAAGGCUAUUAAUAACAUCUGGACUGUUGGCCGGGAGCGUAUUGACAUGAGAAAAUAAUGAACUCACACUUCUUUGGAGCUAGUGGAGUAUUUGUUUUGUCCUGUUGUGACUUAAGAGGACUUUGAAAAAUCAAUUUCAAAGUCCAACCUCUUUUACAUGUAAACUUCAGCAUCCUGGCCUAAUGUACAGAGCGUAAAACAUGUUAGUGUUAUUUAUUUAUGUGUUUGUACAUAGAGACAAAAAUAUACACAGAGCUAUACUUUUUUCCACAUUUUGUCAUAUUACAGACUUAUUUCAAUAUUGAAUAAAAUAAUUUUUGUCUUCAAAAAUCUACACACAAUACCCCAUAAU